AUGGUGACGAUGGGCUCAGUUAUCGAAGGAUACUCGUCAGACUCUGAGAGUGGCUUUGAAUUAUCGAGUCUGGCAAAUCCUUCUUUGGCUAAAUUUACCAAGAUACCUGAUGAUGUAGGUCAGCAUACUGAGUUGAAUGAAGUUGCAAUGAAAGAUAAUGCUAAAAAGAAUUUUGGGGGAGUAGCAGAACGCCGAUACUUUGAUGGCAUCUCAUCAAAGCUAGCAUCGGAUGACUUCAAGGACAAAAAGGUCAGUAAAGCUGAAAGCAAGAGAAUAAAAAGACGGAGAAUAAAUAAAAGGGAUCCUGAAGAUCUCAACUAUCUAGGUCCCUGGGCAAAACUGGAGUCAGAAGAAGAUGAAAAGAUUAUCAUAAAUGCAGAUAAGGAAGAUAUUAUAGUGGAGGAGAAUCGUGUCUCUCUGGAAGAAAAAGGAUACGUCUCCGAUAGCUCUAGUGAAGCUGAAGAUGACGAAGAAAAUACUAGUGAGUUUGUGGGAUCUUCUCAAUUUGAUUAUUUGGGAAGAUCAUAUAUGCAUGUGCCAAAGGACAUAGGAAUCAGCCUAACCAAGGAUGUUGGCUCUAUAGAAAAUUUUGUUCCCAAAAAAGUCAUUUAUACAUUCAAUGGACAUCUGAAGGGAGUAAAUAAACUAGAAUUCUUUCCCAAGUCUGGACAUCUUCUCCUUUCUGGUGGCAAUGACGGAAAAAUUAAGCUAUGGAGUCUAUAUGGGAAAAGGGAGUUACUUCGUAUCUACUCUGGGCAUGAUUUAAGUGUGAAGGACGUAACAUUCAAUAGCACUGGAACCCAAUUUUUAAGUUGCUCCUUUGAUAAAAGGAUAAACCUAUGGGAUACGGAAACAGGUAGAAUACUUAAGACUAUAAGAGUAAAAGCUACUCCAAAUGCAUUGAAAUUCAACCCAAAUAAUGAAAACGAAUUUUUAGUUGGAUUGGCAAAUCGUAAUAUUGAACACUAUGAUUUAACUUCAUCCGACUUACAAACCCCUAUUCAAGUGUACGAUCAUCAUUUAGGUGCAAUUAACUCACUUCUUAUAAUAGAAAAUGGGUCUCGGUUUAUGUCAACUUCGGAUGAUAAAUCUGUCAAAUUUUGGGAUUGGCAAAUUAAUAUUCCAGUAAAGUCUAUAUCUGAUCCUUCACUUCACUCGAUGCCAUGUAGUGCUAUUUAUCCUGGUUGUAAUUACAUUGCAUUACAAAACAUGGAUAAUUCUAUCAAAGUGAUUCAAGGACAUGGCAAAUACAGGUUUAAUAAAAAGAAGGUUUUCCGUGGACACAACGUAGCAGGAUACGGAAUUGAACUUGAUAUUUCUCCUGAUGGCAAGAUAAUUAUGAGUGGGGAUUCGAAAGGUAAUGGGUAUUUUUGGGACUGGAAAACAACCAAGCUAAUAAAGAAAUUGCCUGUAUCAAAUAAAUUGAUAAAAUGUAUUAGAUUCCACCCCCAGGAAUCUAGUAAAGUUAUAAUGGCUGGUGCUUCUGGAGAAAUAUUCUACUGUGAUUAA